GAGUAGGAAGAAACAGGUAGGUCUGCGUGAUGGAAAGAAAAACAAAACCUAAUAAAUGAGAAGGGGCAAUGCUGGCAAAACAUGACAGUAUUGGUUUUCCUUUUUGCCAUUGUAUCUGCUCCAUUUAAAAUCUGAACUGCUGAUAUAAUUAAAAUUGACGAUUAAUUUCUCUCCUUAACCUGAAUUUUCAAGCUGAUUUUGAAACAUUUUUUUUUCUUUAGGGAUUCAUUCAUCUAUUUUAAAAGAUAUGGUGGUUGUAUCAUAUAGUUUUAAGGGGGAAAAAAAUCCUAUUAUAAUUCGCAUUUUUUACGACAGCUGUGGUCCUCCAUUUCUGUCCCCUCCUUCCAGCCUUGCAACCUGUAUUCACUUCGUCGGAGGCGGUUUGGGAAUAACUGCUCGCACCUGAAUGACCUAAACAAUCACAAUUUUUGGCACAAAUUAAGCUGCACGUCCAACUUUACGCUCUAAUCGCUCCAAAUGCGCAAACGCUAAUUUUGGCUUCGUCAGGUGGAUGUACACGACCCGAUUAUUUGCUUUCCGAGUCACGCUGGAUUACUCGUUUAUUCCGAUUCGCCUUUUUGAGAUCAUAAUUUAGAUUUUUCUAGUUAUAGGCCUAGAUAGGUGUCAAGUAUGUUUUUUUUUCUCUGCAGAGCCGCUUACGCACGGGGAGGAGACUGUUGAUAAAUGCGCUGCCAGCAGACUGAGUCAGUUUAUGUCCAGCAGCCUCUCAGACUGUCCACGAUCCAGUUUAUGCGCAAUAGAUACAAUAAAAUUUUAAAAUGAGGCGAUUUGUUUUAAUUUAUAUUUGGCUCACCGGAGAUUUUCAGCCGGUCUUCAGUGUGGGUUUGAAGGAUACACCGACUCUUGGAAAUACGAAAACUAAUCCCAGAGUUCUCAGUAAAGAUAUGUUCAGUGCUGGAUAUAAAUACCCAAACUGUCAGAACCACACUGUGUUCCUGUAUGAGGAAGACUCCCAGGAACUGUAUGUUGGGGGAACAGGCUUUGUAUUAAGACUUAAUGUGACAGACUAUCGCAUCAUAGAGGAAUUUCCUCUGAAAACGACGGAGCAGCAGUGCCAAGAGGGUCCCUGUGAAAAUGUCGUCACUGUUAUUGAGAAGUUUAAGGACAGCGUUUUUGUCUGCGCAACAGAUGAACAGAAUCCUCAGUGCUGGAAGCUUUCUCAAAAAAUGGAGGAGAGUUACGAUGGACACGGUAUCUCUCCAUUUGUCCACACACAGAACUCUCUGCUACUCGCAAUUGAUGGGGAUAUAUACGCAGCAGCACCUUUGGAUGCUGAUGGAAGCUCGUUGCAGUUCAGAAGAAAAGCUGGCAGCAGAACUAAUGUGUGGAUGUAUGACAGCUGGAUCUCAGAGCCCACGUUCAUCUCUGCAUCCUUGGUACAGAGAAAGAUUGACCCCGACAAUGAGAAGAUUUACAUCUUUUUCCGUGAAAAGAACUCAGACACCAGUCCAGAGGCCGACCCCUGGAUAUCUCGGGUUGCCAGAGUUUGUAAGGUAGAUGAAGGCGGAUCAAAAAGAUUUUUCCAGAACAUAUGGACAUCUUUUCUCAAGGCUCGACUUGUCUGUGGUUUUCCAGAAGAGUCGUUGUAUUUCAAUCGUCUGCAAGACAUUUAUGUGAUGCACGCUGAGGACUGGCGCAAUACCAGAGUUUAUGCCCUUUUCACAAGCAGCUGGAACUCAACAGCAGUUUGCAUCUACACAAUAGCAAUGAUUGAAGAAAUAUUUGAGAAUUCAACUUUCAAGGGCUACAACAAAGACAUUCCCAGACCAAGGCCAGGAACCUGUGUAAAGAACAGCAGGAGUCUGCCACAGGCCACUCUCAAUGUGGUGAAGGACUAUCCAGAGAUGGCAGAUUGGGUUCAUUCAGUGCAUAAUACAGCUCCUUUUUAUAUAAGCAGCAACAACUACACCAAGAUUGUUGUGGAUCAAGUCCAAGCCGCAGACGAGCACGUGUAUAACAUUCUGCUUCUAGCCACUGAUUCUGGCAAGAUCCAUAAAGUCUUAGAGGCUGGGUCGGAGCCGUUCAUCAUCUCUGAAACACACCUCUCCAACAGUUCAACCAUACAAGCGAUGAAGCUCGACUCCGAAAAGAAAAAGUUGGUUGUGGGUUUUUCUGAGAAGAUUUCUACCAUGGACCUCCAGAGAUGUCAGGACUACAAUAACUCUUGUGCAGACUGUGUUCUGGCCCGUGACCCGUACUGUGCUUGGACUUCAUCUGGAUGCACCUCGGCUGUCAAAGGGGGCAUCCAGAGUAUCAUGGAUGGACAAAUAAGUGUGUGCCCUGCAGCAUUACAAGAGCAAAAGUCAGCCAAGCGGAUCAAACGGGAGUCAAGUUCACCAUCAGCAGUGAAUUCAAAGACAGUCCAUUCAGUCCCUCAGGGUGUCCCCUUCUACCUGUCCUGCCCGAUAGACUCUUACCACGCUGAGUACACCUGGGAGUACGGAGACCAGAGAAGCCCAUGUUUGCAAAUGCUCUCUGACUGCCUCCACCUCAUCCCCGCCAUGACAGAAGAAAACUAUGGCAACUAUAAGUGUGUUUCCAAAGAGAAAGACUACACCAAAGUGGUGAAAAGAUAUCGACUAAGAAAACAAGUGAUACCAGAUGAAAUAACGCAUAGAAGCAAUAUUCCUUACAAAAUGAAUGAUGCAUCAGCUCUUGUUCCACGAGUAUGGAUCUCUCUAAUAGCUGUAGCACUGUGGGGGAUGUUCAGAUAGUGUCAUAUUUCAAAUAAUAGCAUGAAUGUUCUCAGACCCUUUGUUCUUUCUGUUGCUAAUCAGAGCAGGACGGAGGCAGGGCCGAAGGAAAUCCACCUCAACAACAGCAAAGCUUGCAGCUGAACAGUUCAAACAGGAGCACACCUGCGGUGAACUUAAAGCCUUGUUUGUGCUUCCCUUAGCACCACUGUGUUUGGCAGAAUAGUAAGGUCUAAGUCAACAGGAACCCUGCAUGGCCAACUUUAUUUUUUUAAAGAGAUGCCAGAACAGGAGGUAGUAGGGGGUGAUGGAGGAAGACAACAGCACAACCGGUCAGUGGCAGAACACAGCUUGAAUGAUCUGAGGAGGUCUAGCCUGCUGGUUUUUGUUUGGAUCAGGAAAUUAUCAGUCAGAGACUUCCUGCAUGAAGCUCUGCAAUGGCUGUGCUUGUCCUCCUUUUACAGCGCUGACACAAAAGGAAGGAGUAAGGAGCAAUCUGUGGGUAUUCCUUUAAAAAUGAGGGUUGUACAAUCACAGCACUAAAACAGUGCACCCACACACAAUGUUUUGAUCUUAAGGCGUGAAAGCUUCCAGUCAGAGAGCCACAGUGGUUUUGCUGCAGUGGCGUAUUGUGAUUCCUGCAUAAGGAAUGCUGGGGCCAGCUCUCAUCCUCAGUGGUCCAUUAGAGGCCAGAGAAAUGUAAAGCUCCUAUGUAAUCUUCCUCAUUCCGGUACACUGAUGACAGCUUGUUUGUAUCCGAUGGAGCAGGGAAGGGUGGAGACAGCAAGGGGCCUUCACUGAAUAUUCCUGUUAUUUCUUUUUUUCAACCCCGCAGCAACACCUAAUGCCCAGAGAGGUGUUUGAAAAAUGUGCAAUGAAAUGUUUUUGAGCUGACUGGGUCUUGCUAUCAGCGCAAAACAAAUAGCAUUAAUUCCUGUAGUGUGAAGAGCAGAUAAGUUGACCUCAAGCUGCCCUUGAUGGAACAUUCUCUAACAGAUUUGUAAUGGUUGUUGAAAGCACUAAUUUUGACUUUGCACAUUUGUCAUUGAAAUUUUGAAUGACCGGAUUUUGUAGGCAGUUAUUUAUAUGAAAGACAGACUAUGUGACUGAAGUUGGAGAGUAGCCAUUGUUGCCACAAAUGACAGUUACGAGGUCAAGGUAAAUGCAAAAACUUUGUGCAUAGAAGUGCCUUAAUAACCAAUGUGGCUCAUAUACUAGCUAACAUUUAGCAAUUAAAAGCUGCAAGCAAAACCCUUCAGAGUACUGAACUGUGCCUUUUAUUACUUUUACUGCAACGAAUUCAAUUUGUCAUUUGUGUAUGAAUGAAAUGGUUAUUUCUUCUUUCAAAAAGUACAUAGUCUCACUAAACGCUGCUCUGUUUAAAAACCACAUAGAGAAAUAUAUUUAUUAUAUAACUUGUAUUUUGUUAUAAUAUUGAGUUUUAGUUUCUUACUGAAAUGUAUAUAUGUGUAAACAAUGUGUGUCUGUAUAAUUUCAAAUGUUUUAUUUUUGUUCUAUUAGAAUUGCUUGAAAAUGCAACCCAAGAAAAGUCAUAAAUGGAUAAAACUGAUUAUCAUAAAUAAAUAUGAAUAUCUUCCAUUUCCCCAGAUAUGAAAAUGAAGAAUAAAGCUGAAAAUCCAUUA